AUGAACCCAGACGACGCCAUGGCCGAUUCCCAAACAGCAGAAGAGGGAGCAAGCCACGUCCAUCUCAACGCACAGCAGCAACAGCCCGGGAACAAGCCAGCAGUCGCGGCCUGGAACACCAAGAAGUUCCGGGACGAGUAUGAGAUUUCCAAACACCGCCUUUUGGACCAGAAGUUCAGCUCUACCGAGUACCCGGAUCCGCUUGCGCCGCGACCCCCUCAUCCCAAGCAGUACCCAAAAGGCACCGACCCCGCGUUGGAGCGGCAGCUGAAGCAGCUGAUUGCUGAUAUCCGGCCUGGCGCACAAUGA